GACGGCAUUAUUUAUUUGUAUGAUUAGGCCUACAAAUUCCUUGUGAACCAAUGUUGUCCUUACAAAAUGGGUUGCGUGUGUUGUUCCCUAAGUUCAUUCAUUUCUGUUGCGUUAGAUGCACUCGAAAGAAUUUCACUAUGCACGGUUUGUGCUAUGUUGACGUGUUGUCUGUUGUUCACAAUAAUGACCAUGCUGGUCAUAGGAAUGGGCAUAGGCUACCAUUACUGUUUUGUGCAAACCUCCGUGGAUGCUAUGGCAAAGGCUGCGAAAGCGGCAGGAGCCUUGCGUUCAGGUCCGGGCGCUGGAGGCUCGGGUCACGUGCUGCGCUCUGUGGAAAAAGCGAUGAACCGCGGGUUCGCGCACCGCAUGUCGCGACGCGAUGCCGACUCGCCGCCAGCGAACAACCUCACGAUCAGCUCCAACCUCACAGACUCGGUCACUAACGACACAGUCUUCAACGAUCUGCCGACAGUCGAGCUUACAACGUUCAAUGCUACUAAUUUCACAAUCUUCUGAAAGUUGUGUUCUGAGUUUUAAUGUAAGCAUAAUAUUUUUCAUGAAUAAAAUACAUUCUGAAUAA